GUGAAGUCCCCCUUAAUCUUAGCAUGCAGGCCGCACACCAGCCACCCGUCUACAACCGCACCGACGACGACGAGAACGUCAACGUACAGAUCCAACAUAUUGUAAACAGAUUAGUUUUAAGCGAUAGUGACGAUAGCGAUGAGUUCAGUUCAGGCGACGAUGUUAAUGCAUAUGGCCAGGCUGAUUCAGAUAGGCUCGAUCAAUACUUCGUGGAAUGCCGAUACCCUGUACUCAUAUUUAUAUACUACUCCGGUUGCUGGUGGCAAGUGAAGCGAAUGGCCGACGAUGUUGUCACGUUGCGACUCUUACGACCGCCCUACCCGAUCCCUUACAUGUACUCAUACCCUCCGCCAUAUAGAUACCUCGAAGAUGGUGCUUUUGAACCAAACUUUCCGUUGUCGAAUAAUCAAGGGUUGAGUCCUGUUCCGCCUCCCAUUGAUUUAGAAUUUCCGUCUCGUCCGCGUCCCGCUCAACCGGAGCCUUGUCAACCGCGACCCCCUCAACCGCGACCCUCUCAACCGCGACCCUCUCAACCGGGACCCUCUCAGGCGGGACCGUCUCAGGCGGGACCGUCUCAGGCGGGACCGUCUCAAGCGGGACCGUCUCAGGCGGGACCGUCUCAAGCGGGCCCUUCUGAACCGGGGCCAUCUCAACCCGGACCAUCUCAACCGAGGCCCCCUCGUCCAGACCCACCUCGACCGGAGCCUUAUGAGCCACAACUCUGGCACUUUGACGGAGAAGACUUUGACGUAAUGGUUAUGGACCUCGACAAUCUAGAUCAGUUGGCUUUGCUUCAAGGCCCGUUACCUGUGCUCCAAGAUCCACUACCUAUACUCCAGGAACAAGUGCCAGUACUUCAGGAACCUCUUCCUUUAUUCCAAGAACCACAGCAACAAAUACUAGGGCUAUCGCAGCAGCAGUUGCAGGCGAUCCAGCAGCAGCAGCUGCUUGCACUACCGCAGCAACAAAUGUUUGUUCUGCCCCAAAACCAAUUCCAAGCAUUAAGCCAACAACAAAAUGAAAUGCUGAGGCAACAGCAACAACUGCUAGCACAACAGCAACAAGAACUGCUGGCACAACAGCAACAACAACUGCUCUUACAACAGCAGCAAGAAAUGCUAAGAGUGCAACAACAACAACAACUCCAAGCAUUACCUCAGGAACAAAUAUUAACACUACCGCAAUUCGUUGCCUUGAUCCAACCACCAUUACCCCAGCAGCCGCCGAUGCCCCAACAGCCACCGGCACCCCAAUUGCAACAGCUGCACCAAUUGCAACAGUUACCACAGUAUCUCCAACAGGCACCGCUGCCUCAAGGGCCACAGUUUCCCCAGCAACCUCAACUAGCCCAAGGGCUACAGUUUCCUCAACUUCCGCAGUUCCCCCAACUGCCGCCUAUGCCGCAACUGCCGCAGAUGCCCCAACAGCCACCGUUACCCCAACACCAGCCGUUACCGGGCUACGAAGCGGCUGGCUUUGCGCAAUACGCCCCCGGUAACCAUUACUACUACAAUUAUAAUUAUCCGCAAUAAUCAAAUUGAUUGGUACGCAAAUCUUAACUCGUGAACCCUCUUCCAUUACAGUGUCAUUAAUACGUUAAACUCGUUGCAUGUACAAUACUAAAUUUUAAAGCGAUAUUGGGUACUUUUGAUGUACCCCCUCCCCCUACCC